AAGAGAAGACUUGAGUUAAGAUCCGUCCGUUGAUCAGAAAGCAUUGCAUUGGUCUGCUCUACACUCCUUCUACCCAUUCACACUUUACUCAAGAACUUAAUGUUAAAGAACAGUGAACAACCCUUCUACAUGACAGUUUUACUAUUAAUUAUAUGACUGAUAUAUCUAUUUACUAUUUGAACUGUCAACCGGAAAAAUGAACAAGUUACUAAUUAAAUCGGAAGUUAUUAACUUGAAUUAGGAAGCAUUGUGAAGAAAAACAGACAGUUUAGAGGCUCGUCAAAAUGGGCGUAAAAUGGUGUUUUUCGUGUUUAAAAUAUCUAAUAUUUACAGUGAACUUUAUGGUAUUUCUUCUUGGACUUACAAUCUUCUGUUUAAGCACCUGGCUGGUGGCGUAUGAACAAAUAUAUAAAUCAAAUCAGAGUGUAUACCUGGUAUACUGUAUACUGCUGUCAGCUGGAACAUUUCUGCUCAUUCCUAGUUUCUUGGGCUGCUGUGGAGCAGUCAGGGAGUCUGCUUGUCUUCUUGGAACGUUUUUCUUCCUUCUCCUUGUUCUCUUCCUUGGAGAGAUUAUACUCACCGUACUUCUUUACGUUCAGGAACCCUUAAUACGAGAAGCUGUGUCUUUCAACGUUGAGCAGACUAUCAGUGAAAAAUACGAGAAUGGUAGCAAUACAGCAGCAGCUUGGGACAUAAUACAGACACAGCUUGAAUGUUGUGGGGGCGAUGGUCCCUUAGAUUGGAGAAAGUCAAGGUUUUCAGGAUAUCAGGUUCAUCAUUAAUAAUAAUAAUAACUAGCUGAAAGGUCAGAAAAAAAUAUUAAAUUUUUUUUUUAUUUUAAAAUAUCGAUAUUUUUAACCUAUAACACUCCCCAACCACCCCUGAGUGUCC